UCAGUAUGCGGUCGCGCAUUCCACGCGGGAACACCUGUUUGCUCCGGCGACACGGCUGCAUCGGCUCGCGUGCAACGCGGUCGCGCUCGGUUCGCGGGGGAUAAAAGAGAAAGAGGGAGCGAGAGAGAUAGGAAGGGAGAGAUCUAAUUUCUUCGAUCUCCAAAGAAAAAGCACUUGACGCAAUCGCCUCCAAAAUGCUUUCUCUCUGGGGCCAGAGGUACAGAAUAGGCAAAGGAGGAGAGAUACAGGUAGAAGUGGGCGAUAAAGAAAAAGAUAAACAGAAAGAGGACAAAGAACUCGAGACUUCGACCACGUGUCCCUCGUUCUUCUCGAUUGUACACGCCAUGUCGCCGCGCAACGGCUCCUGCGUGGCGGAAGUGAGCUCCGUGAGGAGUCUGUCGUCGGACGACAUUUCGGGGACCAAGGCGAACCGGAAGAAGUCGUGCUGGGCCCGCGCGACCGAUCCGGCCCACCGUCGCGGUCGACGGAUCCAGCUGCUGCAGAUGCUGGUGCUACCCUUCAUACCGAUCCUCGCCCUGAUCGUGCAGACCGCGAACACCCUCCACGACAUCCUGAUCUAUCGUCAGGAGGUGUCCGACAUAGAGUCGCAGGUGACGAUAGCUACGGAUCUGGGCAAAAUGGUCACCAGGAUGCAACUGGAAAGAUCAGAAGUAGCCUUCUUCAUCUAUACCAACGGUAACACCCUGAGGUCGAAUCUGACGCAGAGAUUCACCAUAACCGAUCGGGAUCUCCACAACAUGAGCACGUGGCCGCUGGUAUCCGUACCCAGGGAUGAGAGCAAGACGCAGACGUACGACGUGGUGAGCAAGGAGGCCUUCCAGGCACGCCUGGAGGAUUUUAGGCAGAAGAUAAGCUCGGAGGCGAGCAGCAUCACCGAGGUAAUGGCAUGGUACACGAGCGUGAACGCGGCUAUGCUGGAUCACCUGACUAAUCAGAUCAAGGAGACAGACAACAGUGGGGUGUGGAGGUAUCUGAUAGCUUUCAAGAAUCUCCUGCGGAGCAUCGAAAGCCUCGGGAUCGCCUCCGUGGAGGGUAUCAAUUAUUUUGGUCGCGGUGUCCUUCCUGGGGACAAUUACGUGAGUUAUGUUCGCCACGAAGCCCUGGGUCGCGAUCUCCUCAACGCAGCCCUUACAUACGUUCCCUCCCUGAAGAUGUUCUACGCUGAGCUCACGCGAACGAUGCCCGAUUACGGCAAGAUUAAGGCAAGGCGAGAGGAGAUUCUACGGAAUCACAAGAGGGAACAAAGCGUGGAAGACGCAAUAGCUUACUUCGAUUCGAUGGCCACUUACAUCGACGAGCUGCGUAAGCUGCAACGGGAAUUGCGUCACAUGAUAAGGGAUUAUGUCAAUUCGACGUUGCAAGACGCCAGCAACAAGGAAGUUGCUGGUAUCGCUAUCGUUGUUCUGGUGUUGGUGGUGUCGCCCAUCAUCAUCAUCCUGAUGCGUAACGCCGUCGCCACCAUUCAGAUGUACGCCGCAAAUUUGGCGCAAAAAGCACGUGAAUUAAAACGCGAAAAGAGAAAGAGCGACACAUUGCUCUUCCAAAUGCUUCCACCUAGCGUCGCCCAGCAACUCAAGCAGACUCAACAGGUGCCGGCCGAGUAUUACGAGGCGGUGACUGUCUACUUCAGCGAUAUAGUCGGCUUCACGGAGAUCGCCGCGGAAAACACACCCCUCGAGGUAGUGACAUUUCUCAACUCGAUCUACAAACUGUUCGACGCGCGUAUCGAGUGCUACGACGUAUACAAGGUAGAGACCAUCGGGGACUCUUACAUGGUCGCUUCCGGCCUGCCCGUUAGAAAUGGUGACAAACACGUGUCCGAGAUCGCGACGAUGGCGUUGGACCUGCUGGCGGCCUCCUCCGUCUUCCAAGUGCCGAAACGUCCCGGGGAACGGCUUCAGAUAAGAAGCGGGGCCCAUACCGGACCCGUCGUCGCCGGCAUCGUCGGCAGCAAGAUGCCCCGUUACUGCCUCUUCGGCGACACCGUCAACACCGCGAGUCGCAUGGAAUCGACCGGAGAAGCUCUGCGGAUUCAUAUCAGCUUGGAAAUGAAGAAGGCGCUCGAUGCUGUAGGCGGUUUCAAGAUCGAACAUCGUGGUCUCGUCGACGUCAAGGGCAAGGGCCUGAUGGACACAUACUGGUUGGAGUGCAAAGACGGCGGAAUCGCGCGUGCCGCCGAGCUAGAUCUGCCAUCGUUCUUCGAGGACGUUCGACCGGUCUUCAUGCGGCGCCUGCGAGAGGAAGAUCAUCUGAGACGACCGGGUCAGGGCCGCAAAAACCGGCUGUCCCAUCCGAAUCUGCACAUCACCCCGGUGAGGGCGCCGCCGCAGUCUCAAUUGAGCAUCGAGUCCCAAGAUUCUUACUCGACCACUCCCUGUCCACCCAGCUACUCGCCUGCUAGUCAACGUAGUCGUUACUCCCAGCCAAAUCUGCCGACUCUCCUGAUCUCGUACGAUCGACGUUCAGGCGGCUCGCCCGAUCGUCGAUACCGCAUGUCGCAGCCGACCCUGAACUCCAGCCUAAGCGGCAUCAACUUCUUCGGCAUGAACCGCGGAGUCGGGGUCGGCCGUCUGUCUUACACCAGUCUACGCGCCACUUCCGGUGACAAUAGCAUCAACGAGGAAGAGAGACUCUCGACGCCGAACGUGCAUGCUCUUGGCGGCAGCGGUAGCCCGCGAGGGAGUCUAACGAUGGAAAGAAGUUCCUCGAGGCUCUCGCAACCGGAUGUGCGCCGAUUCGCUUUGCGACACGACAAGCGCGAACGACUGUCGCAGCCUACCCUGGUCACCGGCGAUUACUAUCCCGGCCGGGUGCAGCAACGUCUCUCCCAACCGUGUCUCAGCACCGGUUACCGCGAGAUCGGCGGAAUCGGUAUGGUACCUUCGCCAUCGCCGCCACCCUUCCCUCUGAAGCACAAGAGAUUCGUGCCGGUUCUGCAAGCGAGUCAACGCGACCGUCUGUCCCAGCUGGACAUCGGCUCCAAGUACAGAAACAUCAAGGACAACCUGGGCAGUGGCGGCGGAGUCGCGCAGGUCAAGUUCAAUCGUGAUCGGUUCUCGAUACCGGAGCUGGAGACGCAGAACGAUCUGCGACUGAUCGCGGGGACACCCAAGCAACGCUUCAGCCUGGACAGUCAGCUGGCGAAGCAGCGCUUCAGCCUGGACAGCCAGGAUAGCUGCAAAUCGCGGCUGCUGCCGAUCGCGAGCUCGCCGAUCUUCGAGCAUCAGCAGAUGAAGACCGAGGAGCUCAUCGGGAUAACGUCCGACAGGCUGAAGAGUCCAACCUGUGAAGGUCUGCAGAGCGUGAUCGUGGCCAGCACCUCGCCGAUCUUUCCAGCUGGUGAAAGACGAUUUCUCGCACCGGACUUCCCGUUUCCCGGCAGGAAACUGUCACCGUCGUCACUCAAAGCCGGGGAUAUCGGGAAGACUUCCCGCGCUUCCGGUAAACCACCGCCGAUUCCGGUUCGGGAGAGAAUGUCGGUACCGGAGAUCAGGAACUCGAGUCUACGCCGAUUGCUGGAUCCGCCUGCUCGGCAACGGCACAGCAUUGCCGGGAGCCUGAGGCAGUCGUUGCUGUCCCCGGUGAAGCUGCCCGAGUUCGCCACCGGUGGCAGAAAAUCACCGCGAUUCUCGGUCGACGACGCGCUGGAGAAGCUGAAGAGGAUCGAGAAUGAGGAGAAUCGACGGAACCAGGAGGUGAGCGAGGAGAAGGAGCGAGAGGCCAGGGAACAGGAUCAGGAGCAACUGCAGGAACCCAAACACAUCCAACGACACUAUUCUUACACCUACGAGACAUCCGGUAGCGACGAAAGCGGCAGCGUCUCGACCCUCGGGAGGCUCAGCGUAGGUGGGACCCCGAAGCGGAAGUAUCUGGAGAGCAACUUCGACGAGAACGAGCAGGUGAUCACGACGGUGAUCGAGACGGAGGUGCCGAUCAUCCUACCGAGCACUCCCGGUAAGUACGCGAAGAAGGUCCAGGCGUACUCGAGCGAGACCCCGAAGUGGAUCCGGAAGUACUUGGAGAACGAUAGCCCGAGGAUCGGCCGGAAGACCUCCGCCAGCGGCAAGGACCAGAUCGCCAGGACGAACCGCAGAAACAGCCGCAGGAAGAGCUCCCUCGAGUCGAUCGAGACCGGGUCGAAGAAGCCCGAGGAGAAGACCCGCUCCAAGUCGGCCAGCUGCGAGGAGAGGUGCGUCAAGGACAUGACGGAGCAGUCCUUGGACGUGAGGGAGACCUACGUCAGAAUCGUGCCGUCCAACAACGCCCAGGAGGAGAACAGGUACGAGGUCGGCGUGGAGACCACAGCGACUCCGUGGACGAACCCCGACGGCCGAGGUCUCUACGGCGACGACACCGACACGGACGACUCCACGUCGAUCUAAUUCAGCCGGAAAGGAUCUCCUCGUCAUCUCUCGGCUGGAUCUUCGAGCGCUAUGUAUGCGU